AUGGCUGCAGCAGCAGGUGCUUCACUGACCACCCUGGCCAAAAAUGCCUCAGAAAUCCAAAAUGAUGGCAGUUGUCCCUUAGACGACGACUCACUGUCACUCACUUUGAUAGUUUUUUUCUCUAUUAUUUUUGUUGUUGGAUUGGUUGGAAAUAUUAUAGCCCUGUUUGCCUUCCUGUGCAUUCAUCAGAAACGGAAUUCUAUCCAAGUUUACUUGCUAAACGUAGCUGUUGCAGACCUUCUGCUGAUCUUCUGCCUUCCCUUGCGAAUAUUCCAUCAUGCUAACGACAACAACUGGCUGUUUGGACGCAUUUUAUGCAAGAUUGUAGGAACCCUGUUUUACAUGAACAUGUAUAUUAGCAUAAUCCUGUUGGGACUCAUUAGUCUAGAUCGUUACAUAAAAAUAAAUAAGUCUGUGAGGUGUUCUAAAAUGUUAACUACGACACGAAGUGUACAGAUUUGUUGCAUGGUGUGGGCAGUUGCACUGACAGGAUUUCUAGUAGUGGUUGCACCAUCUUUUUUUAAGAGUGACGACAGCAAUUCUACUCUGUGCUUUCAUUACCGAGAUAAACAGAAAGCAAUGCCAGAAGCAAUUUUAAAUUAUAUUACUGUCAUCAUUUUUUGGAUCGUUUUCUUCCUUUUGAUCCUUUCGUAUGUUAAAAUUGCAAAGAAACUUCUGAAAAUUUCCAAGAAAAGAGCAAAUUUUCCCAACGCUGGAAAAUACACCAAGACGGCAAGAAAUUCUUUCAUCGUCCUCAUCAUUUUCACUGUCUGUUUUGUUCCUUAUCAUAUGUUCCGGUUUGUCUACAUCACAUCACAGCUCCGAGACACACCCUGUUAUUGGAGGGAGAUCAUUCACAAAUGCAAUGAGGUGAUGCUCAUCUUUUCAUCGUUCAACAGCUGCCUAGACCCAGUUAUGUACUUCCUAAUGUCCAGGAGCGUCCGUAAGACUGUAUUCCAACUGAUCUGCAGAAAACUCCACAGAGAUUCAAGCCUAAAUCUGGAAAGCACUUCAGACAUAAGACUUGGACAAUAUACCCAAGAGCGAUUAUCUACUACUACUCCCCACUCGAGUUACUCAAGGAAGAAGUCUCUGGUUUGA